CAAUUCAGGUUUUCAUCAGAAAAAGAACCACGGUUUUGCUAUUCAGAUCUGCCCUUAUCUGGUUGGCACCAUCUCAAUCUUGCUAAAAAAUUCGACUUGCCACCGUUAGAAGACAAAAUGCCAAGAGUUGACGGCAGCACCUUAUCAGUGGAGGAAUUUCGCGAAAAGUAUGAGCAACCUCGCAUACCCUGCAUGAUCACCGGUCUCACGGAGACAUGGGCAGCUCACGAAAAUUGGAAGAUUGAUAAACUUCUCGAAAAGUAUGCAAAUGCCACGUUCAAAUGUGGUGAAAGUCCAAACGCCAAACCAGUCUACAUGAAGUUCAAGUACUAUGCUGAGUACAUGCGCAAAAAUAAAGACGACAGCCCAUUGUACAUAUUUGAUGGAAAAUUCGGAAGACGACAUGCUACAAUGGACAUGGUGAACGACUAUGAAGUUCCUCCUUACUUUCGAGGCAACCUUUUCGGAGCUUUUGGUUCUUACAAAAGAAAGCCUUUGUUCAGAUGGGUCUUCAUUCAUCCGGAUGCACCGCGCGAUCUUGUGCGAAUUCCGAAAGACCAACGUGGUAUCCACGCAAAAGCCGUUCAGCAUUGUUUUCUAACCAGUAUAAAUACUAUUGCUGUGACACGACACGGUGGCUGUAACACAAAAUUUCUGCUCAAUCACCAACCUCAUCUACGUGUAUCCCACACUCGUCAAGCAAAAACCGCGCCUGGCUCAAUAUUUUAUGAAAGGUUGGCUGAAAAACAUCCUGAACUGCUCGACAUAAUCAAUAAGGCUAUGUUGGACCCGAAACCUAUAGCGAACGGAUACGAUACAUCUGAUGAACAGUGGGAAGUGAGGAAGACGAAGAUGACGACAGUGACGACACCAUAUCUUUGUAUAGCACCGACGUGUCUUGUGCGGAAA